CAAGAAGUGGAAAUUUGAUUGGCGAAGUUCUCUAAGAAGUUCAGCGUUGCGUCUGGCAAGAGGCAUCACUGUCUGAGAUUUCUCUCUUCGCUGCGUUCACAUGACAAGGGUAGAGAAAACUUGUGAAGUUUCUCACCAGUCAGCUUGCCCCGGCUUGCGCACGAGGAUGCCAAUCUUGGAGAGGACAAGUGAGAUAUGCAGCACGGCUAUCGUGGAUGACAUUCACCGUCGUUGAUUGUUACAGAGUAGCUUCUUUAAGGUUGUGAGCGAAGAAUAUUUCCGAAUUUCGAUGGCCCUUCGAUUCAGAGACGAUGAUAUACAAGGAAGACACCACUCCAUCAUGUGGUGGCUCAAAAGAUCCCUCUCUUGGUAGUUUUCAUGGUUCCCGACCAAGAAUCUUGACAGAAAAACUAACAUAUCCAAUAAUAUCUGCAACCUUGCUGUGUGGAUCUGACAGGACAUAAUUACGUGAGCAAACCGGUUUCAAGGGUCUGCAACAAAGAGGUUUAUGUUGCAUCCAGGAUACAAGAUUGCCGCUCUGCACCACAAGUCGUGCUCGCCUCACUGACUGGAAAGUCAAAUACUGUGAGAGGAAAAAGCAUGUGGUGCUAACGAUGGUAGACUAGAUUCUCCACUUCUGUUGAGUCUGCAAAUGUAACAGCAGACAGAAGAAGGUGAUUCUGACAAUGAAAUGCGUGUCACGACUCUUUCGUUCGAUGCAAAUCACAUCCUCAUCUUCUUCUUCGUCAAGCGCAUGAAGCGCAAGGCCAUCCAGACUUCGUCCCAUAGCCAGUGGAGCUGAUCCUCAAUCUCCCUGAGUGGAAAAGCAAGCGAAGAGUUUAUCUCUCGUCAAUCCACGUUACCUCUUCAGGGUUCCCGGGGAUGGAUAAAUGGUUCUUGUCGGAGGGAGUUCUGAAGUUACAGAUUUACAGGUCAGGGUAGACAGAUAGGAGGUUCUCGUCGCUGUCUGCAUGGAUCUCUUUUGAUAGAUUAUGCACAUGACAAGAUUCUCAGCCUUGAACGCGCAGCAAAUGCUCGUGACCUCAGAUGUUUCUACGUGACGAGAAUGAUGAUCACUUUUGUUGUGAACGCACCCCCUUGCACAUUCUGCAGCAAUUAGUCACCUAAACAUGUCACCUACUGCUCAAUAAUGGCUCACCAAGUCGCAGGUGCUGCUGCUUAGUGCAUACUUCUCUUCGAUUGCUUUACAGCCCUCGGAAAUUCCAGGAACCCAGGUCUCACUCAUUCACUAACUCACUCAUGCAAGCAGGAGUGGUCCGCUGAUCCAUGGACGUCAUCAAAUUCCACCUCAAAUUCAUGCCCCGUCCCGUCCAGUCGCCCUACCCACCGACCUACUCACUUUGAACAAGACUCUCAAGAGCACAUGGACAUGCAUUCCAUUCCUUAAUGGUUUAGGCCCCCAGCUCAGUCGCUAACUCACUCCCCAAAAAUCUGGCAGCUGAUCUCUUGCACAUGGAAAGCUCCUUCAUCCUUCCAGACAGAUCCUCAAUCACGCACUCGCUGAUCAUCUAAACUCAUUCCUUUGUGCCCUGAGCCACCGACUCACUCAACGAUAUGAUCCUCUAUGAGGGCAUUGUCAGUCGGCCAUGGAAGCACCCACAAUUGUAGCACCUCAUUCACGGGUAGGGUGCCCUGUACUCCGAGGGUUCUAGGUUACGAGGCCCCCUCGACGUCAGUCACCUGCCACAUGAGAAAGAUGACAAGGGCGCAGCGGUGGCAGUCGCUCUUGCCGUGCUCAUACGAAGUCUGAACGCCCAGAGAGCCUGCAGAGAUUGCGAUUGCGUUUGGAAUGAUUGAAUCGGGAGCGAGCUGGAUUCUGUACGAGCAUUAGCAUCAAAACUCCACCGGCCACAUGGCGAUUGCAAGGAAGCAGCAGCAGCAGAAGCAUGAGCAUGCAGUGGCAGGGCAGAUUCAGCUGCAGCAGGCGAUUCGGGUGGAGUCGUGAGUGAGUGAGUGACUUCGGGGAAGCGGAUCGGAUUCGAGAGAUAUCGGAUGUGGUUGCAUUGCGAUCGAUUGCGAAAGGGAGAGAGACGGAGGGAGGUACGGGGUCGCGUUGACAUUUAGAUUUAGGGCCGGAUUUGAUUUGAUUUGAUCGAACGAGGGCGAUGGAUACCGACGCGCAAGAGCAGAUCGAGGAGGUGAUUCUGACGGGCGAUGACUUGAUGAUGGGCCCGCCGUCGCCGCUGGUUCCUCCGGACCUCGCUCCUCGGAUCCUCGACGGCAUGGAGCUCUGCUCCGCCAAUCUGCGCAAGCUCUUCGAGUGCCUUCACAAGAACGACAUCGAGCCCUUCUGCCAGGACGAAAUUCUCAUGUACCGCCGCUGCUCGCAGGCGCGCGACACCGCUCUGAGGGCGAGGAUCUAUGGCGCCGAGGAGGCGCUGGGCGUCGACCUCCCCGAGGAUGAGGUCCGGGAGCGAGUGGUCAAACUGCAAUCCGAGGCGACGCUGCUCGAGAGGCGCUUCGUGCUCGCCAGCGGAGUCGAGGGCGUCGAAGGGUUCCGCCAGCGCUGGUCUCUGAAUGGCCAAUUGCACGACACCAAGAAGCGCAUCGAAAGCCUCGAACGAGGGCUCGCGAGCCAGCACGAGGAGCCGGCUGCUGCUAUCGAGCCCCCCCGGAAGAGAUCGUGGUACCAGCUGUGGUGAGGGGUUGGGGCUCCAUCAUGGAAUUGGGCAUCCGACUCGACCAUCUCCUGAAUCCCUCCGGCUGGAAUCCUGCGAAUUCUGCAAAUCGCCAUCGCCCGCAUUUGGAAUUCGAGGAAUGAGCUGAAGACACUCCGUCCUCUUCACGACGGGACGAACAAGAAUUGGAGAAUGAUAGUCGGGGCACAGAUCUAUUUGACAUACGUUUACAGCCUAGCCCACCAGCAGCAGAUUCUUGUGUUUACAAGGCUGGUGAGACUCUUUCAGUUCGAAAUGAAGAAAAUCCAACGAGAGGGUGAAAAGCGGGCUUGAACUUCGAACUGCGGGUAGAGACUGAACGAGAGAUUUGACAUGCGAAGACCAUGUCAAUGUUUUUUUGAUCACCUCAAUAGAAUUGUGGAAUCACACGAUCACAGAGAGUACCCAGUCGUCUGCUCUUAACACGGCUAGAUUUCAUGAAGUACUUGUGAAUGUGCCAGUGGUCUUUCAGUUCCAACAUUGUAUGCUUUUCUGUUGUAUAUUGCUGUGGUCCUAAAUUAACUGUAAAUUCGACAGGGAUGCAUCAUUUCAUGCGUUUCUACCAAACUAGUUUCUCGCCUACAUCGUCUUUAAGCUAACUGAACUCUGUCUGCAGAGACGACACCCGAACAAACAUCUGCUAAGUAACAUAUUUUCAAGUGCAGAGGAUAUUACGGUCCCAGCGAUCCAUAUAAUGAGAUCGGCGAUGGGAACUAGUUCAACAUGGGUAUGUAUGCUUGAUUAUCUCGUUCGUCUACUACAGCUACAGUGGAGUCUAGCUCCACUAGUAAGCGCUAAAAACUGACACGAGCAGUAUGUGUGGUGGCACUUGACAGAGAUAUUGUCCUGAGAAACAGGUUGGAAGAUUUGAUAUCAUCCUUUCUCACAAAUUGGACAGAGUUGCUCUUUUCCAUGAAAAUCAUCUUUUGCACGGUCUCAAUUCUUCACAGUUCGCAACUUUC